AUGACCUCUUUCGCUUACGUGGUGAUGUUGGUACUGGUCGACAUAUACCCCCUGGUGUCCGUGUGCUGGAAAUGGCAGAUAACCCAGCUGCCAGAUGGUUUGGCAAAAGAGAGGAAGACGUGCAAAGGCUCAAGAAGGAGAACGAGGCUCUGAGGGCGAUAGUAGGAGACGGUGUAUCUGCCGCUUCUUCAGUAGCUUCAGGCGCUGGACUUGUUCCCAAAGAAACCGUAGAUACCUUGGCACAAGAAAAGUUGGAACUCGAGCAUACUAUCAAGGAGAAGGAAAAACGUCUUUUGCGGCUACAACAGGCUGAGGAAUUUAAGACGACAGUCACAUCGCUGCUGGGAUGGAAGUUCCGGUUCCAGCAGAAUGGGGCCGUGCAGCUUACGUCUGUCUAUGAUCCAAAGGCUCUCAUCGUCUUUUCACCACCCAGCAAGUCAAGGAAAGGUGCAAGCUCCAACCCACUCGAAGGAGAAGACAUCAAAGUACAGCUAAUUGCCGAGGAAGCACCUCCAGAAGUACAGGAACUGUAUAGAACCUGGGUUGCUGGAUUCAAGUGUGUACCUGGUUUCUUGGGAAGUUUAACCGUGCAGCUAUUUGAGGCAUCUCCAGAGGGAGCAGCGAAGUUACGAGGCAACGCAUAG